UUCUUGUUGAAAUUUGUGUCCAACAUGGUGAGUUAGAUUCAAAACUUACGAAUUUAAUCCAUUUAAAUCAAGAAUUUGACUAUUAAUUUGGUUUUUAACAUAAAACCCACAUCAUGGCACGCGGACCGAAGAAACACUUGAAGCGUUUAAAUGCGCCUAAAGCAUGGAUGUUGGACAAACUGGGGGGUGUGUACGCACCCCGGCCCUCCACCGGUCCGCACAAACUGCGUGAAUGUUUACCGCUAGUGAUCUUUCUGCGGAACCGGCUAAAGUACGCGCUCACCGGAAAUGAAGUGCUCAAAAUCGUGAAGCAACGUCUCAUUAAAGUUGAUGGAAAAGUUCGCACAGAUCCCACAUAUCCAGCUGGUUUUAUGGAUGUUGUAUCUAUUGAGAAGACAAAUGAGUUAUUCCGUCUCAUCUAUGAUGUUAAGGGUCGUUUCACGAUUCACAGGAUUACCCCAGAAGAAGCCAAGUACAAGCUGUGCAAGGUGCGGCAGGUGGGCACGGGCCCCAAGGGCGUGCCGUUCCUGGUGACGCACGACGGGCGCACCAUCCGCUACCCCGACCCUCUCAUCAAGGUCAACGACUCCAUCCAGCUCGACAUCGCCACCACCAAGAUCAUGGACUACAUCAAGUUCGAGUCCGGUAACCUGUGCAUGAUCACGGGAGGCCGUAACUUGGGGCGAGUGGGCACCAUCGUGUCCCGCGAGCGCCAUCCCGGCUCCUUCGACAUCGUGCACAUCAAGGACUCCACCGGACACACCUUCGCCACGCGGCUGAACAACGUGUUCAUCAUCGGCAAGGGCACGAAGGCGUACAUCUCGCUGCCGCGCGGGAAGGGCAUCCGCCUCACCAUCGCGGAGGAGCGCGACAAGCGCAUCGCCGCCAAGGUCGCCGCGCACUAGCCUAGCCCUAGCCCUAGCCCUAACAAUAAAACGUAAACACA